AUGCUCGUCGUCGCCGUGAUGAUGUUUACCUCAAACAUCUUUGGCCAGGCCAAGAUCUGGUUCACGUCAACUAACCAACCAGACAGAUGUCCUGUGUUCCCCAAAGUGGUCCCGUCUCUGUACGCCCAAAAUGACCUGGCAGUGAAGUACAUUUUCUCUGAUGUUUACAGAAAAAUGUCCGCUGACAGACUCGCCGGAGCCGUGCAAGUAGACACCACCAACUUGGACGACUUUUUGCCCGUGGCUGAAUCGCCUGAGACCUGGAAGCACUUUGAAAAGUUCCAUGUGUACCUUAGAGACACCUUCCCCGAAGUCUUUGCCAAGCUUGAUGUUGAAAUCGUUAAUACUUACGGGUUAGUGAUCACCUGGAAGGGUUCCAAAUCUAGCCUCAAACCGCUUGUGCUUAUGGCUCACCAGGACGUAGUCCCCGUGGCUAAGGACACCGUGGACGACUGGACCUAUCCUCCGUUCUCUGGCCAUUACGACGGCGAAUUCAUUCACGGCAGAGGUGCCAGUGAUUGCAAGAACUCGUUGAUCGCCACCCUCGAGUCGAUGGACAUGUUGCUCUCUCAAGGCUGGACCCCUAAAAGAACGGUGAUUGCUGCUUUCGGCUUCGACGAAGAGACCUCGGGCGAAGAAGGUGCCGGCCACAUCUCGCGCCACUUGGAACAGAAAUACGGACAAAACGGGAUCUACGCGAUUAUCGACGAAGGUAACGGGGUGCAAACCGACCCGAUGUCGAAGAUGUUGGUCGGUGUGCCUGCUACUGCUGAAAAGGGUUACGCUGACAUCCACGUCAGUUUGACGAUGCCUGGGGGUCACUCCAGUCAGCCUCCUGACCAUACUGGUAUUGGGAUCAUGGGCGAGUUAGCCCACUGGAUUGAAGAAGACCCCUACCCCGCCAUGCUCACCUCGAAGAACCCGUUCUUGCAACAACUUGAAUACGCUGCCGUCCACGGUAAAGCCAUGCCCGACUCGUUGAAGAAGACGAUCCUCAGAUCCCGCUACGACUCUUACGCCAACAAGAAGCUUCUUGACCACAUCGCCACCAUCGACCUGGUGAAAUACUUGGUCAAGACGUCUCAAGCCAUCGAUAUCAUCCACGGCGGCGAGAAGCUGAACUCGUUGCCUGAACAAACCCAGAUGGUGAUCAACCACAGAAUUGCCGUGGAACUGGACGCUGACGAAGUGUUGAACCACUUUGUAGAACGGGUCAAACUGAUGGCUAAAAAGCACGACUUAUCGGUUUACGUUGACGACAAGAAGGUGGCCUCUGGUACCCGGGGAAGAUUCGACGUCAAGGCGGUGGAAAUCUUACAACCGGCUCCCAGAUCUCCCACCGACAACGAGGCGUGGAAGACGUUAUUCGGGACUGUUCGCCACGUGUUCGAAGACUUGGUGUUCCCCGACUUAGACUACCCUGUCAUCACCGUCCCAUCAAUCUUUACUGGUAACACCGACACUCGUCACAUGUGGAGAUUGACUGACAACAUCUACCGGUUCUCGCCGCAAUACGUCGAGGACCCUAUCAAGGAGUUGAAGAUCCAUGCCGUUGACGAGCGCAUGCCGAUGGACGCUCACCUUCAGUUGGUGGCCUGGUACUACCAAUACAUCCAGAACGUCUCUGAAGCGUCUGAAUAA